GAAAUGGUCAGGCUGUGUUCUUGUUUUUUAUUUCAAAAACAAGAUUAAUGUGUUAUGUGACAAGACUGAGUCUUACACACCUUUAUGUCUUUGUGUCCCUACAGGACUUUGCACAGAGCUAGGCACCUUGUGGGUGCCCAAGCAGCAUUGAUGGCAUUGAAUGGAAUCGAAGAGUUACCUACAAAGGUGCUGCCUCUGACUGACUGAAAAUGGUGUUUGGUCUGUGCUGCCAGAGAGAGAGGCUAUACACGUUCCUGUAUGUAGUACAGAUCUUCAUUCUCGCGGGAGUGGUGUACUACUAUUUUCAGGGGUCUGUGGGGAAAACAGCCCCUGACCACGAGAUUGCUGGGGAGCCAUCCCAGCCCAUAGGGGAGACUGUAAGGCCAGUGUGGGGACUGAUAGACAAGUGCUACCCUGUGACCAUUCAGAGACGCAGAGUCUGGAGCGGGAAGAAACAAGACUCUGAGGCCAUGACUCCCAAGGCAACAGGAGAACUGAAUGAUGCUGCCCCCCCGGAGGGGGCAGAUACCUUGUUUGGGGAUGAGGGGGACAUGAGGUCCCCAGAGGAGGAAGCAGGCAACGCCAUUCCUUCGCCCAUUCCUGCUGGGAAGGAGGUGUCUGAGGAGGAGGAGGUGGCAGGGACCCCAGGCUGGGAGGAAAACAAAAAGGUCCGAAAGGAGAUUGCUGUCUAUACUUCUGAGGCUUCUGAGGUGGACAUCACGGAGGAAAGUUCUGGGGGCUGGGUCCCGCAGCUCCUGAGGAGGUUCUGGAUGGGCUGGGUCCCAGGCCGUGACACCCCCAAGACUCAGAGCCACGAAUGACAAAGUAUCCAAUAAAUCCAUAGCUGCUGUUUCUGCAGGCCCCGCUGCCUCCUUUCAGGGGCCUCAAGUUUCCCCAAACUCAGCGUAGUUUCGUCCACGCUCCUGGUCCCAAGAAGCUGCAGGAACAUCACCUCCUGCCCCUGAGCCCACAGCAGUGGAUUCGCUAGAGACUGAAGGGGGCCCUGGCUGGUCUUCCACUCAGUGCCCAGAGACACACCAAGUUCCCUGAAUGCUAAGAGCCGGGGAGCUCACUGUCAUGAAAGCAAAAGUGGC